AUGCGAAAGCUUUCAAACUCAAAAGGUCACUAAUGUAAGACAAACAUAUACUUAUCUAUCUAUAUCCCGUAUCCCUUGCGAGGUAUUAUAUAAUACUUUUGUUUGAUAUAAACAUAGAUAGUAUGGUCAUAUCACAACAGCACUACAUUGGCUUCAUAAAUUGUAAUGAAGGUAUACAUAUGAUAUUAAUAAUAUUACCUUCUAGAGUCUAAAUAAAUAAAUUAGUUCAAUAGUUUUUGAAAUAAUUUUCUAAAUUCAAAUAGUAUCACUCACUAUAGCAUUGUUGAUAGAGCACUAUUUAAAAAUGGUUUAUAAAAAAAAUACAAAACAAUUAAACUAUUCAUUGAUCCUAACAAUAUUAUUAAAGUUAACAGAAGCAAUUCAAAGUCUACAUUACCCCAUACCAAAAAUUAUUUUUAUUUUAUGUGAAUCUACGAAAAUGUUGAUUAACAUUGAAAUUUUCGAUCUGCCCAAGAAAACAACUCUUACGGAAGCUGACAUAAAAGAACUAGCGGAGAGAAAUGAGCUAUUACUCAGGGAAAUGGAGCGCUUCAAUCGCAUGACCAGAAACGUGCAGCGUCUUGUUGGAGCUGAAGUGGCUGUCUUCAAGAAACCUAAAGAAGACCUGUCUCCCCCUGAGUACAUACCGAGCUGUUAUGGUAAGAACCAUGUUUUAUAUUAAGCAACAACAAAGAAGACAGUAUAAAUAUAAUGUUAAACCAAAUAAAUUAACGACAACAGUAGCAGGAGUUUUUAGGAACCGAAGAAAUAUUGAAGUCCUUACAAAUUGAAGUAAUUAUGUUU